AUAUCAAAACCAAAAUAGUUGUUAUUUUGGUACUUCUGCAAACAAAAUAAUAAUAUGAAUAGAUUGUAUUUCAAAUAUGCCGUUGUCCAGGCACUUUUAAAGCGUUUAAGGUUUGACUCUAGAAACAGGGUUCUAAAUUGUCAUUCGUAUAGAGAAGAAAUGAUGGAAAACUUUAGCAUAUCCGAUCUUUUUCAACAUAUUACGCGGGUGGUUAAGCAACGCUUGACGCAGUUGGCAUAUACACGGUGUUAUAUCUAUAUUGUUAACUAGGUACACUGAUUUGUAAAGCGCGUCGCAUGUCCCCACCAGCUAGUCGCAAAUAAACCGUCUUAAAGAACACACGCAUUUUAACUUACCAAAUUCCUGCUAAGCAAUCAUCAACCUUAAUUACAUCAACAUAGUGGUCAAAAUCGAGCCGAAUUAGAAAAGAAAAACAAGUUAUCGAAGAUACCGGCCGGCCGGCGAGAACAAUAGCGAACCGCAUUCCAAAGGUGAUUAGCGAAUGAAUAAAGAAAAAAGGUGCGAUGAGUACUAACGAGUUAAUAAACGUUUUAGAAGACACAGCUGCAUUAUUACAGAAAACGCAAGUGAAUAUAAAAAAAUGUCCUAAAUCCAGGCUGACGAAAGGUUACGUCGAGGCAAGAAUCAAGUGUAUAGAAGAAUACUGGACAACGUUCAGAGAUACUCAUCAACAAUUAGUCAAGAUAACAUCGAAAGAACAAAAACAAAAGUUAAAUCACUUCGUUAACGAAGAUUACGAUACAUAUGAAGACUUAUAUCUUGUGUUGUUAGCUGAUUUACAAGACCUUUUGUCGACGAUUAGUGCAUCAUCCCUACCCACAACAUCAAAAAAUAAUUCGUUUGCAAAUACGAAUAAUGAUCAACUAGUUAGACUACCAAGGAUACAAUUACCGAGUUUUAGUGGGAAUUAUGAAGAUUGGCCUACAUUUCAAGACUUAUUUAUUUCAUUGGUGCAUGAAAAUACGGCCAUUAGUGACGUUCAGAAGUUACAUUAUUUGAAGAGUAGUGUCACUGGGGAGGCCGAGAUAUUAUUGAAGCCUAUUCAAAUAACACAAAGUAAUUAUGAACAAGCAUGGAGUGUUCUCAAAUCAAGGUACGGUAAUAAAAGAUUGAUUAUCAAUUCAGUUUUAAAGAAGUUAUUUUCGCAAAGAAAAAUAAAUAAUCAAUCGGCAAAUCAAAUAAAGAGUUUAUUAGACGUCACAACGGAUUGUUUAAACAACUUACAGAAUUUAAAUAUAAUUACGAGCACGUGGGAUCCUAUCAUUAUAUUUAUUGUGAUACAGAAAAUGGACCCAGAGACUCACAAAGAGUGGGAACAAUCUGUUUGCUCAAAUGAAGACGAUAAAUUACCUACCUGGGAUGACUUAAAGCAAUUCCUGCAAUCAAGAUACCGUACCAUAGAACUUGUAAUGUCAACGUCAGGCACCCGUGAAAAACCUAUAAAGGAGCGUUCUCACCUCGUGACUGCUACAGCUACCACUUCACCAUCGUCGGGAGAUAGAAAAUGCGUGCUUUGUAAAGAAAACCAUACCUUAUGCCAUUGUAAAGACUUCACCAAACUGCAACCUGCUGAGAGAUCUGAAUAUGUUAAGUCAAACAAACUUUGCUUUAAUUGUUUGGUACCAGGACAUUCCGCAUAUCAAUGUAAAUUGCGAAUGAACUGUCGUAUAUGCAGUCGACGUCAUCACACUCUGCUACACCGACCUAAGGACUCUGCUUCUUCGGUACAAUCUGAGGACUUUAAACAACCGAAAGCAAUACAACACGGAGUAGAACAGAAGGAAGAAAUAGUCAACACUACGAUCACGUCGCAUCACAGUGCCAAACAAAGCACAAGUCUAGCACUACUGGCCACGGCAACAGUUUCAGCAAGGAACGAGCAUAAUCACACUGUUGUUCUACGUGCACUAGUAGACCAAGGUUCGCAGGCAUCAUUCAUUAGCGAGAAGGCGACACAACUGCUCAAACUAACCAGGCAUACAGCAAGAGGAAGUAUCAUUGGUGUGGGAUCUACAAGAACUAAUGUCGACCACGUGGUUCAACUAAGGAUUGGUUCUCGAUGGAAUCCAAGCUUCGAGAUCAAUAUACAAGCAUACGUUAUGAGUAAACAGUUAACCACGAAAAUCCCCUCCAAAGCUGUUCCUGUUACACAUUGGCCACACCUAGAGGGACUCAACCUCGCUGACCCGGACUAUUACAAACCGGGUCCUAUAGACUUGCUUCUAGGUGUUAAAGAGUAUGCACAACUCGUGCAACAACAAUUAAUCAAGGGUCCUCCUGGUUCUCCGUGUGCCCAAGAAACAAACCUGGGAUGGAUUCUGUUUGGAGAAAUAAACACUAGUUUACAAGAAGAAAGCUUUCUGGUCCUUCAUCAGCAAAUAGAAAUAGAAAACAUGCUUAAGUCUCUUUGGGAAAUUGACACUGAUAAGAAAAGAAAAUUAACAAGAGAAGAAAAUCUAUGUGAAACGAUAUAUGAAAGCACUCAUGCAAGAACAGAAGAAGGAAGAUACAUAGUAAGGUUACCUUUUAAAACCGAAAAUCCCUUAUCACCUAUUGGAAAUACAAAAGAAAUAGCAAGAAAUAGAUUACUACAGCUUGAAAGAAGAUUUAGAAAGGAACCUAUACUAAAAGAAGACUACAAAAAGGCCAUGCAAGAAUAUAUAAAGUCAAACUACAUGGAAGAAAUACCUGAAAAUGAACUAAAUAAAACCAAAGCGGUGUACUUACCUCAUCACGCCGUAGUUCGCGCUGAUAAAGAAACCUCGAAGACACGCGUUGUGUUUGAUGCGUCAGCUAAAGGGUUGAAUCACGUUUCUCUUAACGAUGAGCUGCUAGUAGGUCCUCAACUGCAAGACGACCUUAGAGAUAUUGUUAUGCGAUCAAGAUUAUAUCGCGUCUGCUAUGCGAGUGAUAUCCAGAAGAUGUACCUGCAAGUUUUACUACAUAAACAAGACGCCGAUACUUACCAACGCCUGUUGUGGAGAGAAGAAGCGUCAGAUCCACUCAAAGAAUACCGUAUGCUUCGUGUCACUUUUGGUACAGCUUCAGCACCUUAUCUAGCUGUAAGAACGCUUCAUCAAGUGGCUGACGAUGAAGGUGAAAAUCAUCCCGAAGCUACACGAGUCAUCAAAUCAGAUUUUUAUAUGGAUGAUGUGAUAUCAGGCGAGGACACGGCAGAGAAAGCCAUACAGACAGCUCAAGAAGUCUCUCAAAUACUUCAAAGGGGUGGCUUCAUAUUAUCAAAAUGGUCUUCAAAUUCUACGGAGUUCAUGCAAGCUAUAGAUGCUAAUAAGAGAACAACACGAGUACACUUAGAUUUAAAACUAGAUGGAACUGUGCAAGCCCUUGGAUUGAUCUGGAAUCUAGGAACAGAUCAGUUUCAAUAUAAAAUAAACUUACCUUCAAUGUCAGACAAAGUUACAAAAAGAACAAUCUUAUCAGACAUGCAGAAACUGUUCGACCCGCUAGGAUGGAUCGCUCCGAGUUUAAUCUUGGCUAAAAUAUUAAUACAAAAAUUAUGGAUGGAAAAGGUUAGCUGGGACGACAAGAUAAAUGAAAAUCUGGUGGACGAGUGGUUGACUAUUCGUGAGGACUUUGAAGAAGUAAAGGAAGUAAAGAUUGAUCGAUGGCUUGGCACAUUGCGCAGUGAGGUAGACAAGAUAGAAAUCCAUGGCUUCAGCGACGCUUCCACGCGAGCGUAUGCAGCAGUGGCAUAUGUCCGAAUAAAGAUGCAGGAUGGUUCAGUGUCAACAAAACUGCAAGCGGCUAAGACAAGAGUGGCGCCGCUACGAACUGUUUCCUUACCUCGGUUAGAGCUGUGUGGAGCGCUGUUACUGUCAAGAUUGCUUAAGCAAAUACAACAAGCCAUGCGAAUACCUACCUCAAACAUCUAUGCAUGGACAGAUUCAACUAUUGUCCUUGCAUGGUUAUCUGGCGAUCCUCAUAAGUGGAAGACAUUUGUAGCAAAUCGGGUUGUAGAGAUAGCUGAAAAUGUAAACAACAACCGCUGGUUUCAUGUCUCCUCUGAAGAUAAUCCUGCAGACAUUGGGUCCCGCGGCAUGUUACUGGUCGACCUGAAGAAGUCCGAUUUGUGGUGGAAGGGUCCAGCUUGGCUGUCUGAAACAGAAAUAAGAUUAAAACAAGAAUGUGCAGCUACAGAAUUAGAAAGUAAAAAGGAUAAAAUACAAGCUAAUUUAAAAAUGGAUAUUGAAGAAGGCCUGAAGUCACAAUUUAAAGAAUUUGCUAAUUUACAAGAAUUGAUAAAAGUAAUAACAUACUGUCGAAGAUUUUUAAAUUUUAAGAGAAGCUUAGAAAACACAGAAAAGGAUUUUACUACAAAGGAAUUAGAAAGGUCUCUUUUGAAAUGUAUAGAAUUAGUACAACAGGAAGAAUUUAAAGAAGAUAUAGAAAGACUAAAAUCAAAUAAAGCGUUGAAAGGAGAAAGUAAAAUUAAAACUUUGAAUCCUUACCUUGACGGAGACGGUAUCCUCAGGGUGGGCGGUCGACUUCGUAACGCGAACUUGGAGGAGCAGGUUAAACAUCCCAUUAUAAUAGGAAACAAGAACUAUUUAGUGCCCUUGAUUAUUGCUGAUGCACAUGCCCGCACACUGCAUGGCGGCGUUCAACUUAUGUUGAAUUACAUAAGUUCCAAGUAUUGGGUUGUACGAAGCAAAGCACUUAUAAAAGCCUGCAUUCACAAGUGUCUUAUAUGUGCUAGAUUUAGAUCUCAAUCAAGAACACAGAUAAUGGGUGACCUGCCUAAAGCGAGAGUUACACCUGCUCGAGCUUUUCUACAUAGCGGAGUUGAUUUUGCAGGCCCAUUUCAUAUAACCAUGUCAAAGGGAAGAGGCAUCAGAACUCAAAAGGCAUACAUCUGCGUAUUUAUAUGUAUGUCAACAAAGGCAAUGCACCUUGAGCUAGUGAGCGAUUUAACCUCUGAAGCCUUCAUCGCUGCUUUCAAGCGGUUUGUAGCCAGACGAGGAAAAUGUAGCGAUUUAUGGAGUGAUCAGGGCCGUAACUUUGUUGGGGCCAACAAAGAAUUGAUAAACGCCUGGAAAGAAGGAAAUCUUGUAUUUGAAGGAAAGAUAUCAAACACAUUGGCAUUAGAGGGAACACAAUGGCAUUACAUACCAGCAUACUCACCGAACUUCGGAGGGCUGUGGGAGGCAGGUGUGAAAUCUGUGAAACACCAUCUGAAACGCGUGCUUACCACCAACCUUACCUAUGAAGAAAUGACUACGGUGCUGUGUCAGAUUGAGGCCUGUCUCAAUUCAAGGCCGUUGUGCCCUAUCGACGACAAGGAUUCAGACUGCAUAGAAGUACUUACACCUGGACACUUCCUUAUUGGUGAAACUCCUAUCGUUGUACCGUCACCCGACUUCAAAGACGCAAAAAUGCAUUCCCUAUCCCGGUGGCAGUACACACAGAAAUUAUUGGGCGAUUUCUGGCGACGCUGGCAACAAGAAUACUUAACGAGAUUACAACAGCGUCCCAUUUGGCUAAAGAAAUCCGAAGAGUUUAAGGUCGGUGACGUUGUCUUAAUAAAGACUGAUGGAUUACCGCCAGGAAAGUUUUCCCUGGGUCGAGUUGUGGACAAACAUCCAGGAGGAGAUGGCAUUACCAGAGUCUACAGUAUAAAAAGUGGCAACAGUAUAGUGAAGAGAAGUUGUUCAAAGUUAUGCCCAUUACCUAUUGCUACUGAGUAAAAUUUAAGCUUGUUAGAUAUAAUGUACUCAUGGGUAAUUAUGAUUAGGUUUAGAUUUAAAUAUGUUAUAUUUGUUAAUAAAAGAACUACGUCCUUUUGGUGGGCGGCAUGUUAUAUCUAUAUUGUUAACUAGGUACACUGAUUUGUAAAGCGCGUCGCAUGUCCCCACCAGCUAGUCGCAAAUAAACCGUCUUAAAGAA